AACACCGAGGGAGCAGGACGGAGCCAUGGACUCCGCCAGGAAAGCAGGCUUCCCGGCAGGGAUCUGGACAACGGGUUGGCUCCUGCUGCUGCUUCCACUGCUGCUUGGAGAAGCUCAGGCCCUGGAGUGCUACAGCUGCGUGCAGAAGGCAGAUGACGGAUGCUCCCCGCGCAAGAUGAAGACCGUAAAGUGCGCGCCGGGCGUGGACGUCUGCACCGAGGCCGUGGGGGCGGUGGAGACCAUCCACGGACAAUUCUCGGUGGCAAUACGGGGCUGCGGAUCGGGACUCCCCGGCAAGAAUGACCGCGGGCUGGACCUCUUCGGGAUCCUGGCUUUCAUCCAGCUGCAGCAGUGCACCCAGGACCGCUGCAACACCAAGCUCAACCUCACCUCGCGCGCUCUCAACCCCGCAGGUAACGAAAGUGCAGCCGCGCCCAACGGCACCGAGUGCUACAGCUGCGUGGGGCUGAGCCGCGAGAAGUGCCAGGGUACCGCGCCGCCGCUUGUGAGCUGCUACAAUGCUAGUGACCGCGUCUACAAGGGCUGUUUCGACGGCAACGUUACCUUGACUGCAGCUAAUGUGACUGUGUCCUUACCUGUCCGGGGCUGCGUCCAGGAUGAGUUCUGCACCCGGGAUACCGUGACAGGCCCGGGGUUCACGCUCAGCGGCUCCUGCUGCCAGGGGUCCCGCUGUAACUCCGACCUCCGCAACAAGACCUACUUCUCCCCUCGAAUCCCACCCCUCGUCCUGCUGCCCCCUCCUCAGACCACCACGGUCGCCCCAACCACCUCCGCCACAACUUCCACCCCAGCCCCAACCACCUCCACCUCUACCACCAAACCCACCCCAACCCCAGCCAGCCGCACCCCUCCACAGGAAGUAAAACCUGAGAUCUCCCGUAGUGAGGACUUGAACUUGGUUGGAGGUGCUGCUGGUCACCAGGACCGUAGUAACAUGGCGCAGUACCCCACAAAAGGUGGGUCCCAUAAUAAUGGCUCGGCGUCUCUGUCAGCAGGGUUGGCAGCUCUUCUGUUGGCUGUGGCUGCUGGCACCCUACUAUGAGUUUCCCCUGGAAACCUCCCUCUUGCCCUAUCUCCUGGCCCCAGGUAGCUUCUCUUCCCAUGGCUUCCCUUCCCCACCACUGGACUGGGCUGGCCCAGCCCCUGUU